UGUCGAAGCCGGUGAGGGGCGCGGAGAAAGCUCGGAGCGAUAAAAAUUGCACCAAAGCCGAGAAUAAAUCGCAAAAACAGUGUCAAACUGCACAGACGCCAUAAGCUACAGCUUGUCGACUAACAUGGCGCCGGAGAGUUUUCUUCUUUCAUUCAGCUGCUUAGCUUUCAGCAGGCUAACGCUGCAGGAUGAGUUCGGCCGCAGAGGACGACGACGCCGGCGCUUUAGAAACCGUCAAAUCUGUAACGCUCACGCAGGACAGUGAUGGAAGCAUCAUACUGCACUGUCCUCCCUCUGACGAGGACUCGGAGCCACUCCAGAAGAAGCUGCGACUCUCCACAGACGAGCAGGAAAACUCGGACACACCUCAGUUCUCCGUCGUCACGUUGCCGGGUCAGACGAGCUCGGGACCGUUCCCCGUUCAUGACUACAUGUCGGACACUCAGGCGGAGACCUUCGAGGUGACGAUGACGCCCACGGCGGACGAGCUGUCUGAGGACAGCGUCACUCAGAUUCAGAUCCUACAGGAAGAUGAAGACUCUCUCUCAGCCAAUCAGAAGACGGAGGUGUCGCCCGUCAGUCAGGCCUGGUUCACGACUAAAGAAGACAAAGACACGCUGACUAAUAAAGGUCAUAAGUGGAAACAGGGCAUGUGGUCUAAAGAGGAGAUCGACAUCCUCAUGAGGAACAUCGACCAGUAUGUGAAGGGCCGUGGCAUCGAGGACCCGGCAGAGAUCAUCUUUGAGAUGUCCAAAGAGGAGAGGAAGGACUUCUACCGCUCUGUGGCGUUGGGGUUAAACAGGCCGCUGUUCGCCGUCUACAGACGAGUCCUCCGGAUGUACGACAACCGCAACCAUGUCGGCAAGUACACUCCUGAAGAGAUCGAGAAGCUGAAGGCGUUGAGGGAGAAACACGGGAACGACUGGGCGACUAUCGGUGCUGCGCUAGGUCGCAGCGCAUCCUCUGUGAAAGAUCGCUGCCGGCUGAUGAAGGACACAUGCAACACAGGUAAAUGGAGCGAGGACGAGGAGCGACGGCUUGCCGAGGUCGUAUACGAGAUGGCAGGGGUGUCGCCGGGGUCGGCGGUCACAGGAGGCGUGUCAUGGGCGACGGUGGCUGAUCGAGUCCGCACACGCUCAGAAAAGCAGUGUCGGUCUAAAUGGCUGAACUACCUGAACUGGAAGCACAGUGGAGGAACUGAGUGGACGAAGGAGGACGACUUGAACCUCGUACGCAGGAUAUCAGAGCUCGACGUGGAGGAUGAGAAUGAAAUCAAGUGGGAGGAUCUCGCCGGCGGAUGGAGCAGCGUCCGAUCGCCCCAGUGGCUCCGAUCCAAGUGGUGGAGCAUCAAGAGACAAGUGGCCAAUCAUAAGGACAUCCCCUUCAGUGUCCUCCUGAAGGGCCUCCAGGAGCUCAUGGCCUCCUCGCAGUCGGCAUCUGGUCCGGGCAGCCCCUCCUCCUCCUCCUCCUCCCUUCAGAUCCGACUCACCCGUUUAGACGAGAAUACCGGCGGAGCCAGCCCCGCCCCCAGCUCUGUGGCCGCACUGCAGAUUCCCUUACAGAUCCCGCUGCAGAUCACACACCUGGCGUCAGAUUCAGCGGCAGCAGCCAGCGACAGUGAGACCAUCACACUGAAUGCUGGAGCGCUGCAGACCUUUGAGAUCCUGCCGUCGUUCCACCUGCAGCCCACCGGCACCCCGGGAACCUACUACCUCCAGACGACAUCCAAUCAGGGCCUUCCACUGAGCUUAGCCAAUAACAGCACCGUUACCCUGACGACGAGCUCCUCGCCCUCGUCUCAUGAACACAUCAUCCUCCACAGUCUGUCGGCCGACAGUCUCUGCUCCAGCGAUGGCGUCAUCAUCCAGACUGUCACCUCUGACCCCGCCUCCUCCUCCUCUGAAGCCCUCAGCCAGCCGCAGCUGGUGGUGGAGACGGAGACCCGGGGCCAGGACGAUCGUCUCGACACCGCAAGUCUGUUGGAGGUGUCGGAGAGCGUCGUCACGGAAACUCAGGAGCCAAUGACGAAUGGCUUCAGUGACACAGACAAAGGCCUGCGUUCCCCCCCGGUGGAGGCUCCAAUGGUGCAUUCUGGGAUAACGUCUGGCAGUGCCGUGCUGAUCGUGUCUCCUCCCAACAUCAGCAGCACACUAACAGAUCCCAUCUUGGAAAACCAGGAAGUCUCUGACUGAGUUGGACUUUCCGCUGCAGCUGUCACUCAGGGCGACACCUCCACCCUUGGGCUUGGCCCGGCAUGUCAGACUGUGAUACUCGCUCCUCUCCUGCUUCCUGUUUCCUCUUUAACGUGGGGAUGCGAGCACUUUAAAAACUAAACUAAACAUUUUGGAGCCCCUGAAUGAAAUGACCGCAGUGCCAAAGAGACUCUAAAGCCUGGACACUUUAAUGUGAACGGACCCUCAGAUCUGAAAAAUCAUCCUUUUUCAUUUUACAUGAAGCUGUUUUGUCGGGCCGGUGACAAUGAUCAACAGAACUCAAAGCAAUAGUUCAAUGUUACACAUUUUCCACCUGUUUUUUCAUGACUUAAGUUCACCUUUAUUUAUUUAUGCUCAUUUUUGAAGACUUUAAACCUGCUGUUUUCAGCAGGAACCUCUGUGAAAUUUUAAAGUAAAAAAACAAAUAAUCCUGAAGUGAGGUGAGGUUGGCUUUUAUUGUGAAAGGCUGGGCUUAUUUGCCCUAAAGAUGUUUAUCCUGUUCCUCUGUAACACACAGCUCUAUUUCCAUAGUUUCACAGCUGUUAACACCUGUAACAGUCACUGGAUUUAUCCGCUGAAAAUAGUCCCGCAGAGAGCAUUCAUUCAAACAGAUGGCGCAGAGAUGGGAGUGCUGCUGGUUUUGGUGUUUUUGUGAGUUUUGCUUGAACUGGUCAGAUGUCAGAGUUGCCCAAAGAGGCAGUGAUUUCUUACAGUUGGUGUAAACAAAAGCAGCCUUGCAUGACUAAGAGGAAUCCAGUUUAUAGUCUGGUUUGGUAAUUCUGGGUGAACUGGCCCUUUAAACAGGCCGGUUUGAGAGGAUUUACUCCAAACUAAUUAAGCACCAGGGUGGUUCUUGCCAUUGUUACCUGGUUGCUAAU